AUGCGCUGGAUAUCGGCGUUGAUGUGGUGCUAUCCAGUCGGAAUUCUUUCACUAGUAUGCCGAAAUAUAGCGGAUAUCGAUAAUCUAUCCGAGACAGCACAGGCGUUGGCCAUGUACGUAGUUACGGUAAUCUGUGGGCUGAUGAUCCACUCCCUCCUCACCCUUCCCCUACUGUACUUUGUUGUGACGCGGAAGAGCCCGUUUGCUUAUAUGACGGGCAUGUUGCAGGCACUUGCCACAGCCUUUGGCACGGCUUCUAGUGGCGCCACGUUGCCGGUGACGUUUCGCGCGCUAGAGGAGAAUCUGAAGAUUGACCGUCGGGUGACGCGGUUUGUGUUGCCGCUUGGGGCCACGAUUACUAUGGAUGGAACGGCACUGUACGAAGCUGUUGCCGUCAUCUUCCUCGCCCAGCUAAACAAGAUGAAGCUGACCACGCUGAAUUUGUUGACGAUUAGUAUCACGACAACAAUGGCCUCAAUCGGGGCCGAUUUGGUCGAGGCAGAUACGGAUGUGUUAAUCCGGCAGAUCCGGGAUGAUAUCCGUGCUCUAAAUACCGUACCCACAAGUCCACUCCGUGCGAUGCUUCAGGCUACCGCCCCGCCAAUUGCCAUACCGUUGCACAAUUUUCAGGAUAUUGAGGAACAAAAACCGGUGUGGUCCCGUAACAACAAUGCCUCGUCGAGUAGCCUGAGACCGGCUGUGGGCCCCUCAUAUGAUGAUGAAAGGGAAUCACUGGCCGCUUCGCUGGAAUUCACCGUC